AUGAAAAACAAGAUCGAAACUUCGGGCCUGAACACCUGCCUAACCAUCCAGAAAAUCGAGAUCGCCCACCGCGGUGAAUUUACGUGCCGCGUGCGCAACCGCUGCGGCGAGGACAAAUACGCCAUCGGAAUUCAGGUGACCGAUCGCCCGGAGCCGCCAGGAAAGCCGACCGUCCAAGACCAAAAUGUCGACUCCGUCAAGCUGCUCUGGGCGGUGCCGAAACAGGACGGUGGAUCGGCCAUCAGGAAUUAUAUUGUCGAAAUGAAGACUGAAAACGACAAAACCUGGGCGAAGGCCGAGGUGACGAAACAGCCAUUCACCACGCUUUUCCACUUGGUCGCCGGAGAAACCUACCGCUUCCGCGUCCGCGCCGACAACGUCUUCGGGCAGUCCGACCCUUCGGAAGAGACCGAUCCGGUUACGGUACAAUCUGUCACCAGACAGGUCGUUACCCCACCGCCAAAGGAGAGGAAGGAGGAACAGCCCGAAGCCGUUGACUACGAAAAGCUGGACACUACAGUAGGCGAGGCCGAAUUGAACAAGACCGUCGACCUCAACCGCAUCCCGAACGACUUGCAGGCAAAGUACAUCAUCUGCGAGGAGCUCGGCCGUGGGGCCUACGGUACCGUAUACCGUGCCAUCGAACGAGCCACCGGCAAGACGUGGGCCGCCAAAAUGGUCCAGGUUCGCCCGGGAGUGAAGAAAGAGAACGUGCUGCACGAGAUGGACAUGAUGAACCAGUUGCACCAUGAAAAGCUGCUGCAUCUGCAUGAGGCAUUUGAUCUCGGAAAUGAGAUGUGCCUCAUCGAGGAAUUUGUCUCGGGCGGAGAGCUCUUCGACAAGAUCAUGGAGGACGACUCGCUCAUGUCCGAGCCCGAGGUUCGCGACUACAUGCACCAGAUCCUGCUCGGACUGCAGCAUAUGCACCAGAAGAACAUCGUCCACCUCGACCUGAAGCCUGAGAAUAUUCUGCUCAAGGCGAAGGGCAGCACCGACAUCAAGAUCAUCGACUUUGGGCUUGCGCGGAAGCUGGACCCGAAGCGCGGCGUGAAGCUGCUCUUCGGCACGCCAGAAUUCUGCGCGCCCGAGGUGGUCAACUACCAGCCCGUCGGCCUCGCCACGGACAUGUGGACCGUCGGAGUGAUCUCCUACGUUUUGCUCUCCGGCCUCUCUCCAUUCCUCGGCGACUCCGACGAGGAAACGCUGGCGAAUGUCUCGGCAGCCGAUUGGGACUUUGACGACCCGUCAUGGGAAGAUGUUUCUGAUUUGGCCAAAGAUUUCAUCUGCCGUCUAAUGGCCAAGGAUAAGAGGAAGCGCAUGAGCGUCCAGGAGGCCCUGCAGCACCCGUGGAUCGUGAAAUCCGCCCCGAAAUACCGCGGCAAGGUCCCGCUCCGCCAGAAGCGCGACUUCAUGGCGCGCAAGCGCUGGUCGGACGACCUGCUGCCGAUUGGACGCCUCGCCAAGCGGGGAGCCAUCUUCAGGAGACUGUCGAUGGACGGAGUAUUCGAGCGGAAUAUUUCUUUCGACACCGACUGCGCACCAAUCAUCCGAAAACGUCUCGAGGACAUUUUCGCAAAUGUUGGUGACCUGAUCGCGACGCUGUCGUGCGACGUCGAAGGAAUGCCGGCGCCAAGGAUCCGCUGGUUCAAGGCCAAGCUCGUCAUCGAAGCCCCGAAGAAGAAGGUGAAGAAGGCCGACACCGAGCCGACCGAUCAGUCGAAGAAGCUGAAGAAGGAGAGAACAAAGACCGAGAUCCCCGAAGAACCCCCACUCAUGGACCAGCCGCCGUUCUUCAGGCACCGCCUGUCCGACCAGACCGUCAAGUGGGGCGAGACGUACACACUCUGCGUCACCAACACCACCCUGCCCGAGCCGACCGUCAGUCAGUGUAAAUUGACUGUUGUCGUCCCCGAUGACAUGGCCGCUCCGAACUUCAUCCACGGCUUGUACGACAUCCGCUGUGAUGAGCAGGAGAGGCUCAGGCUGGAGGUUAAGGUGGAAGCCCGCCCGAAACCGGAGAUCACCUGGUUCCACAACGACCAGGAAAUCCUGCACUCGGACCGCUACCGCCUCGAAUUCGACGACGAGCUGCACAAAUAUUCGCUUACGCUAGUAAACGCGUACGCCGAGGACUCGGGCGAGUACAGGGUCGUCGCCCGGAACCCGCUCGGCUCCGAGACGAGCACGUGCACCGUCACCAUCAAGGAGCCCGAGAAGCUCCGUCAAGCGUCGACCGCGAGGAAGAGCGCGCUCCCGUCAUCACCCGCCCCCCUGACCGACACCACCGUAUAUGAGGGAAAUCGCGAACUGCUCGAACUUGAAGUCUCGGGCGUGCCGGCCCCCUCCGUCGAGUGGUACCGUAAUGGGAAGCUCGUGUCGGAGAGUCGCCUGCUACGCACGUACUUUGACGGAAGAGUGGCGUUCCUGAAAAUAUACGAAGCGAACGAGGAGCAUGCUGGCGAAUAUGUAUGCCGGGUGGCGAAUCGAGCCGGAACUGUCGAGAGUCGAGCCGUGCUUACGGUCGCGAAACAGGUGACAGAAGAUGACCACGUGAAGGACAUGCCGAAAUUCGUGAAGAAGCUCGAGGAUGUGGAAGUAGCCAAGGAGGGCGAUGGAGUCACACUCACUUGCCAGGCCAAGGGCGAGCCGGCCGUGGAGAUCGUUUGGCUGCACAAUGGGCGGGCGAUCCAUGGCAACGAAAAUGUACGCACGCGUACCUUCGACGACAGCACGGCCACGCUGGAGAUCGUCUCCUGCGGCCCCGACGACUGCGGCGUGUACACAGCUGUGGCGACGAACCCGCUUGGUGAUGCGCAUACCUCGGCUCAGGUAUCACUGGCCGAGCGCAAGGAAAAAGCCAAAGCCAUCCUGCCCGCGUUCAUCGUCGAGCCCAAGAAGAAGAUGGUCGUGGAAGAGGGACAAGUGCUGAACAUUCUUUGCGACAUUAAUGGCACCCCCACGCCGGAUAUCACUUGGCUAAAGGACGGCCAACCCCUACGUACGGACAAGCGGAUCCUGGCCCUGAGCGAGGGGCUGAGCCAUCAGCUGAUCAUCUCCAACGCGCAGCUCGAAGACGCUGGCAGCUACCGUAUCCUCGCGGAAAAUGAAAGAGGCAAAAUUCAGCACGACACUGAGGUUCAGGUGACCCGGAAAGCGGAGGAAAAGCAGGAGAAGCCGAAGGCAAAGGUUGAAGAAAAGGAUGAGGAAAAGAAGAAGGGAGCCCCGGGUCUGGUGGAGGAUCUCGUGCUCAACGGCACCACCACACAAUCCGUGUCCCUCGGGUGGAGCGAGCCGAAGGAAAAUGGAGGAUCACAGAUCGCCGACUACGAAGUACAACUCCGGAAACCGGAUCGCCGCAGCUGGACGGACGCGGCGCGUACGAUCGACUGCGAGGCAAAAAUCCGGAAUUUGGAGCCAAACACCGAGUACUUCUUCCGCGUACGCGCACGCAACGCGCGAGAACACGGCGCGUGGGCCCAGAUGAAGAUGACCGUGAAGACCGACACGACGGCUGAGAAGCCGACGAUCCGGAAGGCGCCUUCGGCCCAGGUUUCCGCUGCUGAGGGCGACAAGAUCGAGCUGGUCGUCGAGUACUCGGGAGAACCCGCGCCGAAGGUCAAAUGGUACCGUACCGGUCACCAGAUGAUCGACGGUCUGCGUGUGCGGCUUCAAAACGAGCCGGAAGCCGGGGUGGCGCGUCUGAUAAUCCAUGACGCCAUCAAAUCCGAAGACGCCGGGACCUACGCUUGUCAUAUCGAAAACGAGGCCGGCCACGUCAGCUGUGAAGUCGCCAUCUCGAUUUCCGGAAAAGCUGAGGGGGGUAAGGAUGAAGUCAAGCCGAAGAAGACCAAGAAGAGCAAGGAGGCGGCUGAGGAAAAGGAGGACUCACAGCCAACAGAGAGCCCGCUGAUGACGCGAAAAACUCGGGAGGGCCCGCCAAUUGUCGGCAAGGAGCUGAACAACGAGACGGUGACGGCCGGCCAGACGUUCAGCUUGGCGUGCAAGAUCGCCGCCCAGCCCCAGGGAGAUGUUUCGUGGUUUAAAGACAACGAACGCCUCCCGGCGGCCGGUCGCUACGAGAAGAUCUCCGCCGGCGGUCUGCAUCGUCUGAUCUGCCACUCGGCCCAGGCCACCGACGCCGGUGUCUAUAGAUGCGUCGUGGAGAAUGAGGUCGGUGUCGCCGUGUCGGAGUGUCGUGUAGACGUUCACGACGCCGAGGAGCAGCACGCGCCCCGAUUUGAAUCCGGAUUGGUCGACAAGACUGCCCUAUCCGGCCAUGAAAUCACCCUGAAAUGCCGAAUUUCCGGGCACCCCGAGCCAACGGUACUCUGGAUGAAGGAUGGAAUUCGUAUCAAUACAUCCAGACGCCAGCGCCUGCAAUUCGGGGAGAACGGCGUGUGCACGCUGACCAUUGCCGACAUGUCGGACGAGGACACGGGCGUGUACCUGUGCACCGCCUCCAACAAGUUCGGCGUCGAGUCGAGCCAGUGUCUGGUGUUUGUUGCUGAACCGACCGGGCCUGAUGCUCAUCUCGUGCUGGCUGAUGUUCUGAGCGAUAAGCGCGUGCCGCCGAAAUUCAUCCGGGCCCCGGCCUCGCUAAUCGAUGCUGCGGAGGGGUCGACGGUUAUGCUCGUUGCCAAGGCAAUCGGCGAGCCCCAGCCGCGUAUCACGUGGAAAAAGGAUGGAAAAGACAUUUCGCGCACUAACAGAAUGUACCAACACUACAUCACCGGCGAAUUCGAGGCCCAUCUGCAAAUCGAUUUCGUCGUCCAGAAGACGUCCGGCAUUUUCCAGUGCAUUGCCGAGAAUUCGGAGGGACAGACUGUUGUCGAGACCCAGGUGAUCGUGCAGCGCGGCACGGCGAAAAUCAUCGAAAACUGCGCGCCCGUGUUUUUGACGCCGAUGCGGGAUAUGGGCGUCGUUUCCGGCCACCCGUGCACCCUCAACUGCAAAGUCAAAGGUGUCCCCGAGCCGGAGAUCAAGUGGUACUUCCAAGACGACAACAUGCGACGUAUCUGCCUCAACCACGUCCCCACGGGCUGGAUCGAGUGCUCGGGCGGUGACCAGGCGGAGCUGAAAUGCGAACGCGUAUACCGUAACCAGCAGGGCACGUAUCAAUGCGUAGCGUCCAAUCGCUACGGAGAAUCGUCAACACAAUGCUAUUUGUUGGUCGGAGAGCUACACGAUAGACCGGCUGGGCCACCGCGUUUCAUCAAAUGUCUAAGGGAUGUCUGGACACCGCUUGGACAAGAGAUUGUUUUUGAAGUGGAAACGGCUGGAUUCCCGCUGCCGGAAUUGAGAUGGCUACACAACGACAACCUGGUACGCGAGGGCCGCGACGUGCAGAUCAAGUACGUCAGCGACAACAAGUGCGAGCUGCGCAUCAAGAAGGUAUCCCUUCUGGAUCUCGGCGUCUACAGUGUCGAGGCAUCGAACGCUCACGGCCUGUUGCGCACCAAUGCGUCACUCAACGUCGGAAAACCCCGACACGCCAUCCCCCCAGAAUUCCGUGAAUAUCUACCGUCUGUCGAAGAAGAAGUAUCUGUUAUGCCCCGAGUGGCAUUUGAUGAUGAGGAUCAACCGAAACAGCAUAGAAGCGCCUCACAGGUGCGCCAAGAGCUGCGUAAAAAGGGCGCCGCCCCAGUGUUCGUACACGGCCUCGAGGAUAUGGAACUGAAGGCCGGGGCCUCGGCUGCUGUGGCUGGCCAGUUGACGAGAAAAACUCGCCAACGCAUAGCUGGGCACCGUUCUGCGGCCAAGGGGUUGGCCGAGUCAAUCAUGGCGACAGCCCUGUUGAGCCCGACCACCUCGCAGCCGUUUGAACUCCCCGAAGACGCCGAGAACCAGGAGGAACAACAGGAGAAGAUGGAGGCGGCUGAUGAGAAGAAGAAACAGCUCGAAAGGCAGUCCUCCAGCAAGGACGAGACCGACAACUCGGCCCCGUCCAGCUUGGAUGAUAUCCGGCAAGCCGUGCAACAUCGAAACCGGAAGCCGUGUCGGCCAAAGUUCCUGGUCAAGCCAAAAGCCAAGAAGGAGCUGGAGGAGGGCCGAAGCCUACGGCUAAAAUGCGCCAUCUCGGCCAACCCGCUGCCUACCGUGUACUGGGACCGGGCAGGAGUGGUGCUGGAAACCGGAAACAAAUUCUCAAUCUACAAUGAUGGAGACUUCUACUAUCUGGAGGUGCACCACGUCUCCGUGCACGACCAAGGAUUUUACAACUGUACCGCCACUAACACUGAAGGAAUUGCCACCAGCUCUUCUGAGGUUGAGGUGGUCCGCGCGGAAGCGCCGAAGCGCCGUACGCGCAAGGAGCCGAAAGCACCUCAAUUUAUCGAAGUACUCCCCGGCGUUCUUCGUGGAACAGCCGGAGAGCAGACUACGGUAGAAUGCUCCGUGUCCGGUUUCCCGAGCCCGUCAAUUGUAUGGAUGCGGAAUGGCCAGGCCCUGGUACCAUCCGAUCGAUAUUUGAUGAGCUAUGAUGGAGAGUGUGCCACGCUGAAGUUUGCGCACGUGACGCUGGCCGACGAGGGCAGCUACGCGUGCGUGGCCACCAACCAGAAUGGCGACGCGAAGACGCAGAUGAAGUUUGAGGUGGCCCCUGGGGUUCACAAGACCGGAGACGGCCAAGCGCCACUAUUCCGCGCAGAGCGCCUGAAGGACCGCAUCCGGGUCCGAGACGGCCAGUCGUGUAGUUUGGAGGCCGAGAUCAUCGAGGGCUCCGAGCCGUUGACGAUUAAGUGGCUGAGGGACGGCGUGCAGAUUGAAGAUUCCGCCGCAUUCCGAUACUCACAAAGCGGAAAGAUCUGCCGAUUGGCCGUGGCAGACGCAUUCCCAGAAGAUGCCGGACAGUACAGCUGCGAGGCCAGAAAUCAAUGGGGAGUGGCCAGAUGCCAGAUGAGGAUGGAGGUCUACUCCGACGAGAAGCCGGCCGGCGAGCAGGCCCCGAAAAUCUUGGAUGCCCCAGCCAGCCUCAGCGCUGACCUCGGAAUGCCGCUGGUGAUCAAGGCAAAGAUCGUCGGCCACCCCGAUCCGGUCGUCGAAUGGCACAAGGGCACGGAGAAGAUCAUCAACAGCGACAAGUGCAAGAUGACUUCCGAUGGCGAGUCGAUGAUUCUGACCGUUUCUGAUACGAAUCGACGCGACGCUGGAAAAUACCGAAUCACCGCCUCGAACCAUGCCGGUCAAACGACGCACACCGUCGACGUGACAGUACGCGAGCCAACACCGUACGUUUUUAAUAUUUUU